AUGAACAUUCUCAAGCAUUUCCCAAGUUAUGUUGGCCCGUCUAAAAUUCGAACUUUGGUAAUACCGGUUGGCCACUGGAAGCGAAACGAGUUCAAUGAUGCGGUUCAAAGCCUGUCCGAAUUCAGCGAAAUUCACUUAUCCGACGUGACUCCCAUUGACAGUCCGAUUUUCACACCGCAAGGGUUUCCACACGGUCGGCUAUUUUUCGAGUUCUUAACCAUAGAUCAUGACAAUGCCUUGGAACUGUUUCUCUAUGAUUUCGAGCCAUUUAGAAAAACGUUUGUCAUCAUUGGCCUAGUGAACGAUUCCAGUGACCCUUCUACCAAUUUGAACUUUAUGAAGGAAAAAUACCCAACUUUGAUUUCACCAAAUUUAAUAUACACUUCGGCUUCGCUCACUACAGAGUUUAUACAAGGCAUAGAUGCUAUCGAAAAUGCAUUCACAUCCACACCGGAUAUGAAAAAAAGUUUAGAGACGAUUAUGUGCGACAUAGCAAGAAACUUUCUGAUCGCUUUGAACAACUAUUACUCUUCAUACAAGCAUGUCACUUUGAGAUCACCGGGUGCGAUCGCGGGGAACUCGGUACUGAAAACAACGCUGAUAAGACAGAAUAGCUACACAUCUUCGCUGUCCACCGCAUCCAUGGGGGCGGUGCAAUCGUCCGUCUCUAGUUCAUCGAAGACAAACGCAGCUGCUACUGCUUCCAAAAGAUUAUCUUCUUUCGAAAUGACCACCAACAGUCUAAAGAGAUCCGCUUCUUUGAAGCUAGCUACCACGCUUUCCAGUUCUGAAAAUAGAGCCCAACAGAAGUCACUAGGCCGACAACUGAAAAUAUUGGGGAAUUUCCAAUUGAUAGCGGGACGAUACAUCGAUGCGCUUAACAGCUUUACUGAAGCGAUUACAACUUUGUACAAAGUACGCGACUACCUGUGGCUGGGUUCUGCUCUCGAUGGUAUUUCCAUUUGCUUUUUACUUCUGUCUUACCUCGAUAUGACAUAUCAGAUUCCACAAAUUGUAAACCUGAUCUGCCCUGUGGAAAAGCUCAACACUGAAGCUGGUUCAACAAGUGUCUCUCCCGUAGACUCUAAUACCAAGACAUCCGCCACUACAACAACUGCAACAAGCACACCAAGAAACAGCAUAUCGAUAGCUGCUAUGCAAUCUCCUAGAAAUUCAAUGAUUUCUUUGUCUGCUCCAACACUUAAUAUCGAUGUUGAGAACGUCAACCUCCCGUUAUUGAUUAAAUCCAUCUCCGAUAAGGUCUUCUACUACUUCGAUUUAAGCUUAAUGCAUAAUAGUGAGUAUGCUCCGCAGGUGGUUUAUUGUGAGUCCUUGCUAAAGACUUUGACCUUUAUGACCUCGUGCUAUAAAAGUUCUGAAUUUUCGAAAGACGUUUUGGAUUCCAUUGUUAAAAAGCAUAGCGUAGCUGUGUUAGAUAUUCCUAGGAAUUCGAUAUUUCCAAGAUUUGAAAUCUAUUUUUACACAAAUAAGCUUUUUGAAUUACAAUUGAAGGAAAUGCAAGUUGAAGCGCAAGUAAAUAUCUACGCAACAAUGGCUGAAGUCUAUCGUAUCUUAGGAUAUGAAAGAAAGCAGCUGUUUGUAUUGCGGUUAUUAAUGGUGGCCCUUUUGGCGACUACGAAUAAAAUCGCUUGGCACUCUGACUACAGGUCGUUACUCGAUAAGAUUGUUGAACUAUUCAGUAUUGACGAAAGACGACCUGAAAACAAUGUAAAUGACGCAUCUCAAUUCACUUGGUUGAUUUUACAAAAAAAAAUUUUACAACUCUGCAUCAAAGUUUCGCGAAAGAUUGAUGAUUUCGAGUAUGUCGCCAAAUUUACCUCCAUACUGGUUACCAGAUAUACGCAUUUAUUAAGCCGCCCUGAACAAGAAACACUUUUAAAGGACUAUAUCGAGCCUUCGAUUAUGAACGAGUCUAUUACACGUUACUGGGAUCCUUUUCUCUUGAGGGAAAUUGUUUUAAACAGAAUACUGGAGAAUGGCCCUAUUUGUAAUGAAAUUCCAUUGGAAUCGGACAUAAGUAGCCUAAAAAAUUUGAAAGACAAGCAAAAUUCACAGGAUAUUGAUCCACAGGAAGUUUUCAAUCCAUUUAAGCAAGUUCAAGCAACUUCAUCCAUUUUGAAUGACAAUGACAAAUAUCCUGUUUUGGUAUUUCUAGUUGGUGAUAAAGCAGAAUUUACUUGCAGAGUACAAAAUCCUUUCAAAUUUGAUAUUACAAUCGACAGUAUUCAACUCGAUAAAGAGAUAUCGGAAUUUUGUGAAAUCGACGAAAAGGCAAUGACCUAUUCGGGACCAUAUAGCGUCAAAGCCGAAACAAUGAGAUUAAUAACGCUGCCUUUGAUGAUAAAAAAACCAACAUACCAAAGAAUAUAUGAAGUAACGUCAUUAAAGAUAUCUGUUUUACAACUACCUUCUCAACAGUUCAAUAUUAUAAAAAGCUCCAAAAAAUCAAACCAUUCCGAAGAAGAUGUUGAGAACAAUAGAUGCAUAUACAGUAAGGUGAGGAUUAAAAUCCUACCAGAACAACCACAACUAGAGUUGCUGAGUACUUCUAAGAUGACAAAGAAUUCUUGGAUGAUGUUGGAUGGUACGAAAACUGGUUUCCAUGUAACGGUGAGAAACAAAUCACUGAGCUGUGAAAUAAAUCAUAUCAGAAUCAUACCAAUAAAUAAUAUUGAACAACUAUUGAAGUCUGAUUAUUGGAAAAAGAUGCCACCUGAUGAUUUAUAUAUUAUGGAAAAACAGCUGGAUUGGCUGUCUAAAUCUUGCAUACGAAUUGUUAAAACGCCGAAGGUUAUUAAACCAAAUGAAACUAUUACUUUUGACUUAGAGUUAGAUACUACAGCUGUACCGUUUAAUUUUACUGGAUUUGACCUGUUGAUUGAAUAUGGCGUAAAUGCUGCUGACAAAUCCUGUAUUUAUUUGAAAAAGCUAUCAAUACCCUAUGAGGUAACAUUAAGAAGAACUAUUGAGGUACCAAGUAUGGACAUUAUCCCAUUGAAUGAGUUCUUUAGUUCAGAGGUUGAAAAUGUGGAUUGGAUUACGUGCAUAAUGAACCAAACACACAAUAACACUGACCUCCAACCUAGAGAUUUUAUAUUGCUAUUAUUAGACUUCAGGAAUUCCUGGAUAGACGGUAUUAAAUUGAAUGUUCAAUUCGAGGAUUUCACCAGUAAUGAGUAUCACGUAGAAGCCAACCAUACCUCAAGAAUUAUUGUUCCUAUAAGAAAAAUUGAUUACAAAAAGCAUAGUUUUGAAACUAUGCCAAUACCGAGGAUAUAUCAAGGGAGACAAUUCAUUCAGAGUGGAAUGAACGAGGAACAGACUAUAGAAAUGAGACAGAAAUUUUGGUGCCGUGAACACAUUAUUUCAAGGCUCAAAUGUAAUUGGAAACUAACUACAGAUCAAUCUGUAACAGGCUCGGUAGAUUUUAAUAAAUUCAUAGAAAAGUUGGACCAUAAGAUGGUGUCCACGAUAUACACUGGGAAAUUGUUUUUCGGAGUACAACUAUUGAUUGAUAAUCCAGAAGUUAAAGUUGGUGAAAGAACCAACUUAAAGAUAUUGGCUGAUCCAACUAGCACAUGUAGAAGAAAACAAAAUUCCGCUAUAAACUUUUUGGACGUCGUGAUUUUUGAUAGAAAGACAUCAAAGCUAUUACCAAGAUCAAACAGAAGAAUUCUGUAUAAUGGUUCGUUAACCAGGUCAAUCACUACAACUAAGGCUUCAGUGGUCAAUUUGGAAAUCAUUCCGAUCGAAAAAGGCCAGUACGAGUUCGGCGUUUGCAUUUCUAAGUCCAACAACCAGGACGGGAUCAUUCAAUUCGAUUCCGAAAGAGUGGUUUUGUCCGUCAUUUAA